AUGAAUUCUGUUGCCACGGAGAAGUAUCAGAUCACCAUGACGAUAUCUAAGGUUGCGCAGGCAUUUGGGACGCUCCUGUUGGUUGCGGUGAUGUCACAGUACAUGCUGACUAUCUACUCAUUCAGCGACAAGCCACAGUACAGGUUCCUUCCGCGGCACAUCACGAAGAAGACAAUCCGGGGACAGACGUACCACGUACAUGAGGUGGAUCCGAUGUCGCCCAGUCUGCGGGAAAAGUACCAGCAUCGUCGCGUUUUGUCCGUGUCUCACAGCGGCGCGAAACUCCGCCCGCAGAAGGAGAUGCUGGACUAUCACCGCGGGCGCUGGAGGCCCGAGGCGCGGCCGCACGAGCCGCUGGUCGCUCCGCUGGGCGGGACUGGCCGCGGGCUCACCUGCAACACCUGCGCUCUGGUGUCUAACUCGGGCCAGCUGCUAGGUGGCUCCCGUGGCAGUGACAUCGACGCCGCGGACUGCGUGUUCCGUCUGAACGCCGCGCCGACCGCCGGCUUCGAGCGCGACGUCGGGGAGAGAACAACAGCCAGGGUCGUUUCUCACAAAAGUUUGACCAGCCUGUACCUGAACUCCACGUCGGUGCUGGGUGGUUCCAGCGAGCCGCCAGAGGUCUUCGUGCACGGUCCGCAGUACGCGUUUGGGAACGCUCGCACGGCCAAGCUCCUGCGGAAUCUCGGGGAGAAGUUCGGUCGCGUCGAGUUCUACCGAUUCACGCAGACGGCCGAGGCACGGGCUGAUGAGGAGUUCGAGAGGCAAACGCAGAAACCCAGGAGCAAGUCUGGAGUGGAACUGUCCACCGGCUGGUACGCUCUGACGCUGAUGAUGGACACCUGUCAACACAUCCAGGUGUACGGCAUGAUUCCCCACAACUACUGCAGACUGUACCCGGACAGCCAGGUGCCGUACCAGUACUGGUCCCCAGGGGGCGUCGGUGAGUGUGCCAUGUACGAGUACCACGAGGAUCCCGGCAGUCAGGGCCAGCGCCUCAUCACCGAGCGCAGAAUAUUCCGCGCCUGGGCCGACAAACACAACAUCACCUUCAACCAGCCUGCAUGGGUGUAGGGGAGGCUUCAGUUCAUACACCGGGAGGGGUGGGAAGCAAGGGGAGAUUCACUAGUGCUAGAGGGAAGGGCUGAAAUUUACAAGGCACUGCUGAAAAAAUAGUAGAAAUUGGCCAAAAUAAAGGGAAUAGUGUACCAGGAGAGUUAGCCGGCCAGAGAGGGUACAUUUUGGCCAACUUCUACAAUUUUUCCAGCGAUCCGCGGUGCCUGGUAGAGGCUAGGGAGUCUCAGAGCUCACUGCUGCCUAGAGCUGGUCACAAACAUGUGCAACUAAGCUUUGCUCUAAACUCAGGACAACGUCGUAGAGGUAGCCUGGCCGCUCUGUGCAGACAACCCCCUCUAAUUCUAGCAGUAGAAUAGACCCCCUUCUAGCUGUAGACCCCCCUCAAACCAGUUAUAUAGUUCCCACUCUUACAUGUAGACCCCCCCCUACAGAAGUUAACCACUCUGCUACAAGAGUAC